GGGUUCUGGCAGAAGCAGUUCUGCAACUUGUACGUACUCUCGUGCUGCUAGCAGCGGUCAGGGUGUGUUUGUGUUGACGGAUCCUAGUGCCAGCUACUUCGAGACUUACCAAACCUCGGCCGACUGUCCAGCUAAACUGCUUCCGUGACGCUGUUGCCUAUUACGCUGACUAAAGAUGUCGUUUGCCAGAAAGUUUAUUGGUGGCCUAAUUAAUGUCAUCGGUAACAUUGACCCAGCCCAGUUCAUUCCCUCUGAACCCCCUGAGCCUCGCAGACCUCUUGCAUAUGCAGAACAGCAUGAGAGUGAUGAAGAGAAACAGUUCCGCAGAGUCUUCCAGCAACUUGCUGGAGAUGACAUGGAAGUGAGCCCCAGUGAACUCAUGAACAUCCUAAACAAAAUCAUUGCAAAACAUGGAGAUCUGAAGACAGAUGGUUUCACGAUUGAGUCUUGCAGAAGCAUGGUGGCAGUCAUGGAUAGUGACAGCACUGGAAAACUUGGCUUCCAUGAAUUCAAAUACCUCUGGAAUAAUGUAAAGAAAUGGCAGGGAGUGUACAAGUCCUACGAUUCAGAUGGUUCUGGUGUUAUUGGGGCAGAUGAGCUGCCCAAUGCUUUCAGAGCUGCUGGCUUUCCUCUCAGUGAGCAGCUGUUCCAGAUGAUAAUUCGCAGAUAUAGCGAUGAGAGUGGCAACAUGGAUUUUGACAACUACAUUGGCUGUCUCGUAAGGCUGGAUGCCAUGUGCCGUGCCUUUAAAACGCUGGAUAAGGACAACAAUGGGACUAUUAAAGUCAAUGUUCAGGAGUGGCUUCAGUUGACCAUGUAUUCUUGAGCCCAGAAGGAUAUUACUACUUAGACUCACUUUGUUUUGAUAUUCUAAACAUAUUUUUCUCCACCUUCAAACAACUUCCUAUUUUAUUCAACCCAUUCACUGUCUGCAAAUGUUAUUUUCAAAGCAAUGCCUAAUCAGGAGCCCGUUAUAGGAUUGUUGACCGUGCCAUAUUUGUUGUAAGGGAGAAAUUAUGCUUUAUAAACCCAGGGAAGCACAAAUAUUCACUGACAAUGUUCUGAAGAGAAAACAAUUAGCCAGUCUGACUGAAUGGACGCUGAGCUUAAGUCAUCAGGUUUGCUGUUUUACUUUUGCUUUUCACCUGCACUCAAAUCCAAAUGCAAUGUGAAGAGGUGGUUCCAAAUCAUACACAUAAAACGUUGAUAUAAAUUGUGAAAUAGGUUUGAAUCACAUACAUUUCACUCAACAAAAACAUUUUUCAGUUAAAAUUGUAAAAGUCACUUGUAUCCGAUGAAACCUCUUUGCACUAAAUAACAGGUGUUUGAUUGCUAUAAAAGUGUCAUUUUUUAAAUCACAUUUUAGUUUUGCAUUACAUCAAAUAGUGUUGUCAGGAUAGCUUGCGAAUGCGGGCUGAAAUAAAAAUAAGUAAUCAAAUAUCAAUCACAUAUUAAACAAAGGAAAUCUAAGUGUGUCCAGUGAUUAUAGCAUGUUUUAUAUAACAGAAAGAGACUGUCACAUUUGGACAGGCUGAUUUUGUCAUUUUGUUUGGUUUUUGUUUGCGCCAUGUGCCUACCUUACUGUCUUUUUACAUUUACGAUUUGUUCGCACUUUGCUUUCUGUGGAUACGCCUGCACCAGCAUAAUGUGACUUAAUAAACAGUAUAGCAAAUGUGUAUGCUACUAAUGCAUGCAGCCAAUAA